AAAUAGUUAAAUAGUUUAAAUGCGAGUGAUUCAGCUCUGAAUGCUGCACUCAUUCACCCUUUUGGUCAAAUCCAUCCAUCAAUAAGCCAAAACAUGGAAGGCAUAGUGCACAGAAGCGUGCAAGUGAAUGGCAUCAAAAUGCAUGUGGCGGAGAAAGGCGAGGGUCCCGUCGUCUUGUUCCUCCACGGCUUCCCGGAGCUCUGGUACUCAUGGCGCCACCAGAUUCUGGCUCUCAGCUCCCUCGGCUACCGCGCCGUCGCUCCCGAUCUCCGCGGCUACGGGGACACGGAGGCUCCCACAUCGGCCAGCAGCUACACGGUGUUUCACUUGGUGGGUGACAUCGUUGCACUCAUCGACACGCUCGGCGUCGAUCAAGUGUUCCUGGUGGCCCAUGACUGGGGUGCCAUCGUAGGUUGGUACCUCUGCUUGUUUCGGCCCGACAGAAUUAAGGCCUAUGUUUGCCUCAGCGUCCCUUUCAUGCCCAGAAACCCAAAAAUGAGGCCCGUUGAUGCCAUGCGGGCCCUAUAUGGGGAUGACUACUACAUCUGCAGAUUCCAGGAACCAGGCCAUGCAGAAGCUGGGUUUGCCCAGAGAGGCUUUGAAAAUGUAAUUAAGAACAUGCUUACAAGUCGGAGACCUGGGCCACCGAUCUUGAGAGCAGGAGGAAUAGGUUCCCAACCCAAUUCAACGCCCCUGCCCUCUUGGCUCUCACAAGAGGACGUUACAUAUUAUGCUUCUAAAUUUGAAAAGUCAGGCUUCACUGGGGGCCUCAACUACUAUAGAAAUCUCAACCUAAAUUGGGAACUCGCAGCACCAUGGACUGGAGCGCAAGUCAAAGUUCCGGUGAAGUUCAUUACAGGUGAUUUGGAUGUAGUAUACACUUCACUAGGGACGAAGGACUAUAUAGAGAGCGGUGCAUUUAAGAAAGAUGUGCCAAAUUUGGAAGAAGUGGUUGUGCAAGAAGGGGUUGCUCACUUUAACAAUCAAGAAGCUGCAGAGGAUGUCAGCAAUCACAUUUAUGAUUUUAUCAAGAAAUUCUGAUACUGUCAGCAUAGUUAAUUGUUUCGCUGCUUCGCCUGAGUUUAGUUAAAUAAUAUGGUUAGCAUUUAUUGAUGCAACUUGCGAUGCUUUGAAGUUGCAUUAAUUGCUGGCCUGUUGUUUUAAGUUUUACAUGAACUACCAUGAACAUGUUUGUGACAUUGUAGAAACGUAUUUUCGAUAGAUUGUUUGCAGUUUGUUGUUAGUGAAAGGUUGUUUUGUUUA